GCUGAGCUCCGAUUGGACCGCCGAGGGCCCAAAGUACCUACGCAAUUGAUCUGGUGGCUGUUGCUGGCUUGGGUUUCUGGGUUUCUUAAACAAUGAGGCGAGGGCGACGUUCGAGUCAGGAACUCAACUCCUUUUCUUUUCUUUUUCUUUUUUACACGCGUUGCUUGUCACCAUACUUAGAAUUUCCUGGUGAUUAUUACCUACCUGUACCUACCUGCUAUUUUCUUAGCUUGGCUUCUUGGGGACUUGACUUUCGCUGUCCUACUGAUGUGGCUACCGUUAUGUCUGUAAGGUUAUUAUAAUGCGAAAUCGAGUAUAUUAUAUCAUUAUUGCUACUAUUACAUCCAUUUAGUACAUAAACCUAAGGUUGGCGUUAAACGGGCGAUAACUUGCGUUCGGUAUAUAAAGGAUAAAGACCGGGGCGGCGCGACAAGACACGAUGCGGCUUCUCUCCUCCGUCGCCGCCAUCUCGGUAGUCGUCGGCCGGGGUGUUACGGCGUAUUUCGAUUAUAGCGAUGGGUCUCAGAAAGUGCUCGCGCCCAGCAUAGCAAAAGGAUUUCGGGGUGGCUUCGAUCCCAGUAGUAUAGUUGUCAGCACCAGGGAAGAUGCCCAGAGUCCCGCAUCGUGCACGGCCUGUGAGGCAGUUCUAUUCCAGCUCAAGCUCAUAGCCUCCGCAGGCGACGACUUCUUCAUCAACUCUAUGACAAAACUCUGCCAGCGAUCCGGCGUCCAAGACGCCGACGUCUGCGCAGGCUCCAUAGCUCUCGAGGGUCCUAUCGUCGCGCGCAGCCUACGCGGCCUCGCCAUAGGCUCCCGCACGUCGCGGCUAGUAUGCGUCGCGUUCAUGGGACUUUGCCAGCACCCCGAGGUCCUACCGUAUAACGUCUCGUUCCCGUCGCCGAAGAGGCUGGCGGGCAGGCCGCGACCCAGUGGUUUGGAGCCGCUGCAGGUGGUGCAUUUCUCGGAUAUACAUAUCGACCCGCUGUACGUCGAGGGCGCGAAUGCCAACUGUACGAAGCCUAUAUGUUGCAGAGAAUACACCAAUGCCGACAAACCUGGAUUCAACGAAUUCCCAGCCGGGCCAUACGGUGAGCACACAUGCGACUCGCCCCCCAGCCUAGAAGACAGCAUGUACGCUGCGAUCCAAGCUGUCGCGCCCAACGCGGCCUUUGCCGUCUUCACAGGCGACAUCGUCGACCACGCGGUGUGGAAUACAUCCGAAUCGCAAAACGCGUUCGACAUCAACGAUGCUUAUGGACGUAUGGCGCGCGCCGGGCUGCGCGUCUACGGCACGGCGGGCAAUCACGAAGCUUCGCCGGCGAACUCGUUUCCACCCACGCCGGCCGGCGACGACGAUAGUACGGAAAGCAACGGUAAUGGCAAUGCUGCGCAGUGGUUGUACGACUUACUCUCCGCAACUUGGUCCCGGUGGAUCGGCCCGCGGGCGGCGGCUACGACGAGGGAGUUUGGCGCAUACUCGGUGCGACACGCCUCCGGCGGAGACGGCGCGGGAAAACUACGCGUCAUCUCGCUCAGCACGAACCUGUACUACGGGCACAACUACUGGCUUUACGAGGAGCCCAUGCAGAGGGACCCGAGCGGGCAGCUGGCCUGGCUGGUGAGCGAGCUGGAUGCCGCGGAGAAGGAGGGCGAACGCGUGUAUAUCAUAGGGCAUAUGCCGAUGGGAAGUCACGAUGCGUUCCACGACGGGUCCAACUAUUUUGACCAGAUAGUGCGGCGGUACGAGGGGACAAUAGCUGCUAUGUUCUUUGGCCACACGCACUUCGACGAAUUCGAGAUCUCGUACGCAGACAACUCGAACAAAUCCCACUCCAACGCCCUCGUAACAUCCUAUAUUGCCCCCUCCAUGACGCCUAUAUCCGGACACCCCGCCUUCCGCGUCUACACCGUCGACCCGAUCACCUUUGGCGUCCUAGACGCCACUACGUACAUCGCUAACGUAAGCGAUCCCUCCUUCUCGUCCUCGUCUCGCUCGGGUCCAAAAUGGAUAAAGUACUACUCCGCGCGCGAGGCCUACGCACCGCUAUUAGUCGGGACGCCCGAAACGGACCUGGAGGAAUUAAGCCCCGCGUUCUGGCACAACGUCACCCUGGCCCUCGAGCGCAACGAAACCGCGUUUGCCGAGUACUUUGCGCGCAGGCGCCGCGGGUGGGGGGUAGGGGAUUGCGACGAGGAGUGCAGACGCGUCGAGAUAUGCAAGCUGCGCGCCGCGAGAGCCGAGGAUAAUUGCGUGCCUCCCGGCUUGCGGCUGGAUAGUAAUAAUAACAAUAAUAAUGAGCCUAAUAACAACAGCGAAGAAGAAGGGGAGGAUGAGAAGAAGGAUAAGAGACGAGUAGGUUGGGUGGAAGAUGAGUGCGAGAGCUCCGUUGUGCGUGAUACGUUACGGAAUACGGUUGUGGAUACGGAUAUGCUAAGACUGCUUGGGGAGUUGGCGGUUAUAAGAGAGUCAUUAUAGAAGUGAUUUUCUUUUCAUUUCAUCUUUUAAUACCCGGAUGACAUAGUCGAUGGUUCUUCUCACAUACUCAUCAGAUAGAAGCUGCCUCCAAGUACCCAAGAUAGAAUAUCUUCAUCUAAUCCAACUAGACACCUAGCUCUGGGAACCAGACUUAUACAUACAGAACGUAUUUAUGAGAGUACUGGCUACCUUUAUUGUGGAAGAGAGAAGAUCUCUCAUCUGCUACCCUAAUGAUACCAACGUCCUCGUUGGCUUUGCAAUCAAUUCAUUUCAAUCA